AUGACUAAUGAUUUUAUUUAUUCUCGUACACAAUCAGAUUUUAUUGAUUCAAUAGUUGAUACAGUUAAACAACGUGAUGGUUAUUUAGGUAGUGAAUUACUUAAUAUAAUAUCUAUCUAUAAAAUAGAUGAUAUAGAUUUUAACUGUUAUUAUAUUCAACCAAAUUUGGAUCAACAAUUAAUUAAUGAUAAGGAUUUUAUUUGA